CCUUAUUUUCUAAUUUAAUGUGGGCGCGGUCUUCAACGUUCACGAGCAAUUUCUAGUAUACAACCGCUUUAUGGAUAAGUAGGCAGAGGAAGAAUAAGGGAAGCAUGGCCACUGGUGUGAUCACUGUGUAUUGCAAUCAUUCCCUGCUAUCUCCAUCUGCACAGCCAAGUCAAAACCUGUCUAAACGGGUGCCUAUUAAGACCGCUUCUUCAAUAUUAACCUACAAACCGACUAGUCAUACACAAAAACAGGCAUCUUAUAAUGCAAAUGCCUGCAGUCAAUGGAAUUCUGGAGCAGCUCUGAUUGUGGGUCGCUCAAGUUUCGCUGCUGUUCUGGCUGCAGCCCUCUGCUUUGUGGACCCUGCAUUGGCAUUUAAGGGAGGUGGACCUUAUGGUGCAGAGGUAACUCGAGGAGCAGAUCUAUCAGGAAAGGAUUUUAGUGGGAAGACUUUGGUCCAACAAGACUUCAAAACGUCAAUCCUGCGGCAAGCCAAAUUCAAGGGUGCAAAAUUGCUUGGUGCUAGCUUUUUUGAUGCAGAUCUAACAGGAGCUGAUCUUUCUGAUGCUGAUCUCAGAGGAGUGGACUUUUCACUUGCAAAUGUGACAAAGGCAAAUUUGAGUAAUGCAAAUCUGGAAGGUGCACUUGUCACAGGCAAUACAUCUUUUAAGGGAUCAAAUAUUAAUGGGGCUGAUUUUACGGAUGUGUCUUUGCGGGAUGACCAGCGGCAAUACCUUUGCAAUAUUGCUGAUGGGGUAAAUUCAACAACAGGCAAUGCAACUCGAGACACACUACUGUGUUGAGAUGUUUUUGAAGACUGUUGCUGCAAACAUACCAACGUGCAGCUGCAUUACUUGUUCUUGCUUUUAUUUGUUUUUUCAAGUUUUGGUUAUUACUUUUGCUAAAAUUUCUAUUUUUUCUUCUGUAAAGUUCUAUUUGUUGUGUUUGUACUCCUUUGUGUACAUUUGUGUCCUUUAAUGCAUAUAUGUUAUAUAAUCAUUUUUUUAUAU